CACAGGGACCGUGAGCGGGAUGAGGCCUUGCUGAUCAGGACGUACACUCCCCCGGUCCUCCUUCUCUUUGCUCCCGAGCUCGGUUCUCGCGGUCCGUUAUGUCUUUGAGCCUCCUCCCCCUCUCGCUAUGCCCGCCGCUGAACGCCACCAGCCGCCGCCGCCGCCGCUGCUCCUCUUUCUGCCGUCGCUGCUUUUGAUUUCCUGCUUGGAUGGGGCGGCGAGAGCAGCAGCGGAGGAGGGCGGCGGCCUGCCCGGGGACAAUGGCCUCACAGCCGCGGUCGGAGACCCGGCUGGUACCGACACCUGGGGGCGGUCGGCCACCGUCUCGGCUCUGGAAGCAGAGCCCCAGUUUGCCCUGAAGGUCCUGGUAAGAGAUCUGGUGACCCGUCAGCCCCUGUCGGGGGCUUCGGUGGACGUUUACGUGAACCACACCUUGAGGAGUUCUGCCCGGACUGGUGAGGCCGGGGAGGUUCUGCUGUGGGUGGCGUACAGCCCCGGACUCAGUUUGACCCUGCUGGGCAGCGUGGGAGGUUAUGUGCCCAGCCUGCUGCCCUGGAGCACCAACAGGAGACCGAUUUUCUCUGCUGUCACAUUGCUGCUGCUCCCUCACAGUCAGGGGAACAUCUGGCUGUUUGAAGACUCUGUGCUCAUCACCGGGAAGGUACCUGACCGCUCAGCCCAGCCCACAGUGAAGUUCCCCAAGAACAUCCUCUCGAUCUCUGAUAAAAGCAACAUCUCUUCGGUGAUGGCGUACCUCACUGUACCACAUCCCCACCUAGCAAAGGAUUGCGCCAACUGCACUCCGGGCAUCAUCAACAACAAAUCAGUGUUCAAAAGUAUUGAUCUGAAGGCGGUGGCAGCUGUCAGCAUCCUGCUGCUCUCUGGUGGUGAGGAGCUCCAGGUUCGAGGACCCAUCCAGAUCAGUUUGCCGCUGGGCCACAACACACACCUCAGGGCCUCUGAUACUGUGCCAGCCUGGGCCUUCAACCAGAAGACAGGUGUCUGGGAGAAUCAUGGGCUGGGAAUAGUUAAAACUGUUGGCAACGAGCUGGUUUGGACUUACACCGCUUCCCAUCUGGGCUACUGGAUCGCUGCGCCUCUGCCUUCAUCAAGAGAUUAUCUGGGACAUGGAAGCUCUUUGGAUUUCUUAUCUUACCAUACCUACAUGUUGGUGGGAAUACUGGGAGGAACUCUGGCCAUAAUGAUUGGAUUUCUGUCCUUGCUGCUGUGUCACUGCGGGGGUUCUCAUCGAGAGCCCAGGAGGAGGAGAGCACGGUUUUCCAAACUCACAGUGGUGAAAAAAGACCAAACCACCUCCACCCACAUGGAAGAGGGCUUGUUGUUCCGAUCUGGCGACAACAGCCUCGCCACCUGCAGCGUCCAGUGUGAACCAUCAUCCACACCGAGGCACAAAGCUAACUACAACAUCUACGUGGAGGAUCCAGGGACUCGCCCCGCCGCUCCUCUUUAUGAGAACAUCGCUUCAGAUCGGAUGAAGGGUCCACAGCCGCCGCCUCACUACAUCAACAGUGAAGAGGUGGCUCGGAUAAGAGAGAAGUCGGAGCAGAACCGGGCCAACAUCAACUGUGACACCUUCUUUCAAGAUAAGCUGGUUCAUAUCUACAACCAGCCAGUGGCUAUUAUUCCUGCUCCAGAGCUCUUCAGUGCUCAGGAGCAACAGCUGCCAGGCUGCAAGUCUGCCACCUUCCCCCGCAAUGGAAUUGAGUAUGAUGCUCACUCAGAGCCUGCAAGUAAAGACAGCUACACCCAGACACUACCCAAAGUCCCUCACCACCACUCCCAAGGUGGAAGCAGCCCACAGCAGAGCAGCCAAGAUGAUCCUCAGCCUCUGGAGACUCCCCCUCAGGGGCAAGGUCCUAACAGCAGUGUGUGGGGACGCUACAGUAACCUUCUUGAAUCCUCCGUCUCCGUACCUGGGACUCUCAAUGAGGCAGCUGGUAUGGAGGGCUUCAGUAGCGGGCACGGUGUACCCAGCGAGCUGCAGGGGAUUUCAGAGCGUACCUUGCUGGAGCUGACCCGUGGCAAGUCCUCAUCAUCUCACCCCAGAGCCUGGUUUGUCUCCUUAGAUGGGAAGCCAGCCGCCCAGGUUCGCCACUCCAUCAUUGAGCUCCAGAGCCACCACCGGCCGCCGAGCAGCAACGACACCAGCCUGGACUCAGGGGUGGACAUGAACGAGCCUCAACAGAACAUCCGCGAGACGGAGCGCGACCGGCCUUCAAUCAGGGCCUCUUCCCUGCCGCACCACAACCGAGGGGGGCGGUAUGGUGAAGAGCAGGACCUGAGCAGCAGCGAGAGUGGCACCACUGCUACCUGUACGCCAGAGGACCCCUCCCUGAGGAACAUUCUAGAUGGGAGCAGUGGGGCUAUUCCCAAUAUUCCUGAAGAGCGUGACGGGAUGGAUACUUCCAGCGCUCAGGAGGACAGUGAGUCGAGAGGUACACCACCUCCACGGCGCCUGAGGAAGGUGAGGGAGAAGGUGAAGACGGAAAAGAGGAGUGCCAAGCACAUCCGGGAGGGCAGACCUCUGACUAAGAGAAACUAAGCCUCCCCCACCAGUGCAUUAGUUAAAUGUCCUAUUAAAAUCCAAAUUAAGUAAUUCAGAUUCAGCGUUUGUGUUCACACAGGCAUUGUUGUUGUUGAGUUCUGUGAUUGUACAACUUUGCCAAAGAAUGCAUAAGCUAGCUCAAGAAACAAAACAGUAUCUUUGUCACGUUAUGUAGCUGCUGUUAGACGAGUUUGUGCACCGUUUUCUCUCAUUCUCCCAAAUCUGACGAUCACCAGCGAGAUUCUUCACAGCAGAUGUCCGUGUGAACACGAUGUCCCACAGUCCCCGGUUCUGGCAUUAUAGAGGGUGCCUUCUUACUGCCUGUAAUCGUUAAAUAGGGUUUGUUGAUAUUUAGUAAAAAUCUGGUGAGUUUGCAGGACGGUCAAUGUGUAGUGCACUUAACCUCACCAUAAAUGCCUGCUGUAAAUUAAAUAAGAAAAAGCUUUCCCAGACCACAGUGCUCACAUCUUGCUUUGUAUCGUUCUGCCUCAUUUCACCUUAAAUGGCACUCUGGGAUUUGUUAAGAACUAAUCUGAGUGCAAGUAAAAGAAAUGAGCUUCAGCUCUCCACUUGUGACUGACUCCAAAACCUUUGGAGUAAAAUUUUGAUGUACAUUGUAAUGCAAAGCUGCCAUUUUGAAGUUCAACAUCUGAUGUUCAAGGUUUUUUAGCCUACAUCUGUUUUCGAAUGCAUGAAAAUGAAUGUUUUCUCGUGCGUAUGAAUAUCUUUUGCAUUUUACCAUAGACCCAACGGUACAUCAUCGUAGCUUUUAGAGACUGAAUUUUUUUCCCCAUUUAUUUCCAUUUCCAGUUAGCCACAUUUAUUGGUACCACAACAUGUGUCAAAUGUUUGUUUGAUGGGAUUUUUAAGAGUCCAAAAAGAAUCAGACUGACUGUUGGAAACAAUCACUGGUACAGGUGUUUGUUUGCUUUGAGGGGUGCUGCUAAAUUUCCUGUAAAUGCACAGACUCUGUGACAACAGCUUGCAGUCUUAAAGUGGACCUAUUGUGCUACCCAUUAGGCCAGGUUUUUAAUGAUGAGGUCAGUGUAUGUUCAGAUCUAUAAGGAAAAAAAAACUCUAAACACUCAGUUUCAGACAGUUUUAUCUACUCUUGGCUCUGUAUGAUGUCAAAGAGAGGGGAUGUUCUUGCCCCACCCACCUGUCAUUCAAACCCUCUAUUUGUGAGGGGAAGCCAAUCAGAGGAAAGAUAGCCUAAAGGCACUGAGGGGCUGCAUCAAGGUCAAGUAUAAGAUAAAUAAGGCUUAUUUUGAACCCUGAAUCAUGCAAAGCUACUCUAGUAGAGUCAAAGAAUAAAAACAGUUAGUUCUGAGCAUACUAGGUCCUCUUUAACUGAAAGAAUCUCUUGCUUGCUAAUAAAUUAUGAUUAUUUUAUUUUUUUAAUACUGGAACGUACUUUCAGGUACAGCAUUACCCCUUGCAACUAUUUUCUUGACAACAUUGUACUGUUGGUGCCUUGCAGAUCUGCUUUUAGCUGUAACUUUAUGCCCAAAUCUCUUGAUACUGAUCAUAACAAAAAUAAUAAUAAAAUUAUAGAAAUAUAUAGACACAGAAGGCAUCAGCAUAAGUUUAUAUUUUCUAGAGGGAAAAAAAAAAUCUGCUUUUAAAGGAAUAUUUCAAUUCACAAUAAUGGUUUUCAUCAUUUGGUCCAGAGAGCCCUUUUUUCUUUUCUUUUCCCUCUACACUGGCGCAGUCGCUCACUCAGAGUGUUGCCAUUGUAGUGGUCUGUGAGCUGAUUGGUCCUUUGGUAAAACAUCUCAACAGCUGUUGGUGGUUUACUGUUAGUAUUUAUACAGAAAUUGUUUCCAGAUACUAUAAUAUAACGAUUUCAAUCACAAUCACUUGUUUUCCCAUCUAGUUCCACCAUGAGGCUAACAUUUGGUUGGAUGGAUUGCCAUGUAUAUGAAUGAUCCUCUCAGGAUAAUUUGUAAGAACUUCACUGAUACCUUAACUUUCCAGAACGCAUCAUAUUUAAAAGUUGGACAAGGCCAUCAUGGCUUGUUAAUUCCUUCAGUAGAGCUGAGCAUUUUCACCUUUGCCACCUUGGUGUUUGAAACCGGCUGUUAUGAGCGAGGGGUGGAUUUGACUGAGAAACUCUGAUAAUGACUCUAAUAAUCUGAUAAUGACCAUGAUUUUAAAAAAUGAGGUUCACAUUUUACUCAGUAUAACCUGAAUCUAGCAACUGAGCCCAUAACUCAUUAACUUAGAAGGAAACUGAAAAAGGGAACUGAGGGCCAUUUCUCCAUAGAACCAGAGGAGUCAUCUCCUUUUUUUGGCUUUACUUUUCAGACCCUGAAGCUCCAUCCCUCUCUUAAAUAGUCCGUGUUCAAAUUUUCAACUAUUCAGUUCCUGCAAAAUUGAUCACAUUCCCACCAGUGUCUGCUGUACUUUGUGACCAGUGCUAACAAUUAUUAGCUUGUAAUUAUUAGCUGAAAUAUGGUGGUUAUGGCCUCAGGCGCACAGACUGAGAUCUGUUGGCAACCACCUGGCUCCCAUGGGUCGCUAAGAAAAAAAAUUGCAUUCCCCAACUAGUUGAGUUGUUGACAAAAAAAAAGAUGCUACUUUUGGCUGCUCCCUUAUUCACAAAGGGUCACCAAGGGGGAAAGCUCCACUUAUUUUAAUUUGACAGAUUUUUGUGCUGGAUGACCUUCCUGAUGCACCUACCAAGACCUUUCCUCCUGGUCUUGAACUGGAAAUCUUGCUUGUUAGGUGACUACACUAUGGAGCCACUAAGUCAUUGCUGACAGUCACUUAGAAAUACAUAGCUAAGGCCAAUCAGUGACCCCCUUGUAACCACAGGUCAAUAGAGAAAAUGUAGAUUUCCUGGCCAGUUGGCAAGUGGUUGUUGAAGACUGCUUGCUGUUGCUGGGUGAAACUGGUUGCACAGAGGUAUAUGAUGCGGCACUGAAAAACCACCUUGCAAUUGCUUUGGUUGCUAGUGGAUUGACACAGUUGCCCAUAGUUUGCAUAGAAGGUGCCAACUGGCCUGCAAACAUUUGCAAGCUACUCACUAAGUGGUAGUGAAACUGUGAAAACAGGAAACACAACGUUGGCUUUCACAGUAAAAGUUGCACCCUUUGAAACACGUUGGUUUCAGCAGUUUUACUUUGAAGGCAAAUGUUUGCCUACGUUUCCAGUUUACGUCGCACUUUUUCAAGUUUCACUGCCACUCCGUUUUGUUGGCAAGUGUUUGUAGACAAGUUUGAGUCUUCCAUGAAAACUAAAGCAAUGUCAGCAAUUUGCUAGCAACCAAAGCAAUUGCAAGGCGGUUUUCAAUGCAGCACCCUCUGUGCAAGCAAUUUCACGCAGUGACAGCCAGCAACCACUAACCAACCAGUUGGGAAAUAUAUAUUUUUCCUUGGUAACCUGUGGUUACAAGGGGGGUUGCUGACUGAUCCCGUGGCUUUACAUGGCAAAUGCAUACCUGCUUAGCAUGUUAGCUUAAUCAUUGUGAGCACAUUAGCAUGCUGGCAUGACCAUUUCGCUCAGAUGAUGGUUGGUAGCAUAAAUCUGAGUGCUUAAAAUCUUAAUAAAUAUUUAUACUAAGAAUUAUUUUUGUGAAGCAUUAAACAAAAAGGGCACAUAUACAUCCAGCUUUCAUGCCUGUCCUCUACUUGGCAGGACUUAGGUUUUGUCCAGGGCACAGUACACUUUAUCCAUGUUUCCCAGAAACUUUAAGUGGGUUAAAUACUACAAAAAUCUCUACAAUAAACCACUUAAAACUGAUGAACCAUGAGACAGUUGAAAAACAGGGGUUCAACUUGCAAUAUUUUGAGUAAAUUCCAUUUUAAAACAGAACAUUGCAGCAAAGAUUUUGCCAUAAUUAGUCUUCCAUCAUGGUACUACUGUUUGGAUUUCAUUCUGUACAUUCAUAUGUGGUCUUUUGUAUGUAUAUAGUAAAGCAACAUUUUAUGUGUGAUGUGACAGUGAUUUGAUUCAUUUGUGUUAUUUUUUUACCAUCCAGAUGGUGGUACCGUUUUUGAGACUCUGCCAUAUGAGACGUGUUAUUGAUUUGACAUCUUCUGAAUGUUUUUUUUCCCCUUCCCCCACAGGAUUGUAUAAGGAGCCUGAACUUUGUAAUUUUAAAUGUAGCACUAAACUGAGCACUUAAUCAUUCAGUAUGCUUACAGCUGAAAAUUCUUUCUCCUGCGUGUCAUCAGCUUUAAUAAACACAGUACAUCCCAGCUUCAGCGGCGACUCGAGGAGUAGUUUGUGAACACUUUGUGCCGGUAUUUCUUGACAAGCGGAACAACCCGACCACUGCCACUUCCUGUUUUGGGAUGUGAUUUUUGCUGAAUGUGUUUGUAUUGAUUUCGAUGUGUUCUGUAGUGUGCCCCUCGUGUGUCUCGCCAUCAAACCGUCUGAUUCUUCCCAAAUGGACACCUCUUGUGUUUACCCCUGUAACGAUGGUAGUGGUGUUAGUCUUGCCUUUUUGUGCACUAAAUUAAUAAACUUAGUUGAUACCA